CCUGGGACCCGGAGCGCUAAAGCCGGCGGAUCUCAGAGGUUGUCUGAAGGCCGAGACCAAGAUGGCAGCGCUGACGGCUCCCAGCCUGCUCCGCCCGAUCCUUGCUCUUUGCUCUGGUGUGGGUGCGGCUGUGGGGGUGCGCUGUGUCCAUGCGAGUUCAGCUGCUGAUGGUCCGAGCAGUAUCCAGCCUGCUGUGUUCAAGCCCGGAGCUGUGGUCCCCAAAUCCAGCAUACUUCCCAGCAGCCGGGGAGAGUAUGUGGUGGCCAAGCUGGAUGACCUCAUCAACUGGGCCCGCCGGAGCUCACUGUGGCCCAUGACCUUCGGCCUGGCCUGCUGCGCUGUGGAGAUGAUGCAUAUGGCAGCGCCCCGCUAUGACAUGGACCGCUUUGGCGUGGUCUUCCGAGCCAGCCCACGCCAGUCUGACGUCAUGAUCGUGGCCGGGACCCUCACCAACAAGAUGGCCCCCGCACUCCGCAAGGUCUAUGACCAGAUGCCCGAGCCGCGCUAUGUUGUGUCCAUGGGGAGCUGCGCCAAUGGAGGAGGUUAUUACCACUAUUCAUACUCCGUCGUGAGGGGCUGUGACCGUAUUGUGCCUGUGGACAUCUACGUCCCAGGCUGCCCACCCACGGCUGAGGCCCUGCUCUAUGGCAUCCUGCAGCUGCAGAAGAAAAUCAAGCGGGAGAAGAGGCUCAGGAUUUGGUACCGCAGGUAGUGCCGCCCACUGCUGUCAUCGUCAUUGUCCCCAGAGAUGGUCAAUAAACCCAAGAAACCCACCUAGA